AAAGUAGAGGAAAACGGACCCUGGCAAAGGCCAGGAUAACGCCAGGUAAUAGUAAACGUUAAGGAAAUAAUGUCAUGUGAAACAUUUUAUGUCAAAAAAAAGUAAAGCAACCCUACUUCCCGAAGUCUACCGAAAUCGAAGUAAAAGAAAUGGCACUUGAAUCAAAUUUCAACACCUUUGCUCCUCGCACAAUAAAGUCCAAUUUCGAUCAGCAACAAUAACAAUGAAUUCGCCGAUUUAUGUAGAUCGAACCAUUCGGUUCCGAGCAUCUGAUAACGCCCGCAAGUUGUGUAUUCUAUAAAAGAACUUACUCGGACCGUUCACUGACACCCAUUGUCAAUCACUCAAGAUGUCACAACGUCCGGCUUUUACGAAAUGGCUGUGGUGCCUCUUUGCCGUGUACGCGGGCCCGGGCUGGAGUCGAGCCGUGUCCGUCCGAACCCCACCUAAGAACCCUACCACGAUUGAGGCCCAGGCGAAAUUCUUUCAGGAUUUUUUCUCAGUACAGUUGAGUCCGUACAAGAUAGAGUUCGGGCAUGUGUGCGAGGACCCCGACACGUGGGAGCAGCGAUAUGAGAAGAAGGAUUUUAAGAACCACAGGGAUAUGGGCAAAGUACGUUGGGGUGAUAAACAUGGGGGAUACGGAGAGCAUUACUGGGAUUUGAAUCAUGCUGGUCACGCUGCUAACCAUGGCAAUGAUGGAUAUGAUGGUUCAGAUGAUGAUGGUUCAUAUAAUCACGAAUUAGACCAUGCCCAUGAUGAAAAUGACACAUAUGAUGAACCUAGUGAACAACUACCCACGUAUGGAACAGAGGAAUAUGACCCUGAGCAGGCAGCGAAAUAUGAUGAAAGCGGCAGAACUAAACGAGCUUAUCCUAGAAUUAAAAAUGAAAGAAAAUUCGUACGGCAAGAAGAAAGCGACGAAGAACCGCCAAAAGAGAAGAAUCAUAGAAAAAUCAAACAACGGCAAGCUCCUCAAGAAGAUACAGUAAAAGAGGCUGAACAAAAUCAACAACCUAAACGUAAAAGAAGGCAAAGAAGACCAGAAAACGAGGAAGAUAAUGACGCAAAACAGACUCAUAAUCAAAAGGAAGAACAAAAACAAGAACCACAGUAUUACGUCAAAGAUAAAGAGGAACAACGUCAAUCAGAAAAGGAGCCACAGUAUUACGUAAAGAAUAAAAACGAAGAACAAAAUCAACAACAACCGCAGUAUUACGUAAAGAAUAAAAACGAAGAACAAAAUCAACAACAACCGCAGUAUUACGUAAAGAAUAAAAACGAAGAACAAAAUCAACAACAACAACAAUAUUACGUAAAUAAUAAAAACGAAGAACAAAAUCAACAGCAACCACAAUAUUACGUGAAGAAUAAAAAUGAGGAACCAAAAGAACAGCAACCACAGUAUUACGUGAAAAGGACUGAAAACCAAUUUGUUCCGUACGAACAAGGUGCAGGAGUGAGACAGCAUCAGCAUCCUGAGCUAACAUUAGCCGCUUCAGCCCCAAGGCUCUUCUUAGAGCCCACUACUGGACAUGUUGUGGACAGAGCCACAGGACAAGCCUAUGUUUUACAGCCAAUAGCUGUCAAUAAUUAUAAUUAGAUUAUUUAGUGUUAGUGUUACAAAUAGGUAAUUUAUUUUCUUAAUAAAAGGACUGCUGAAUUA